CCUAGCGUGCUGCUGUCGGCGAAGACGACUGUCACUGCAACGUCCAUCAGCGGAUAAUCGGCCAGCUAGCCCAAAGGGCAAGAUCGACGGGGGCGAGGCACGUGCCAGCAGCAGUCGAUCACUGACUCCUCUGGCGGCACCAGCUGCUGGGUGGGACGGCAGGGCAGCCGACCUCAGCAGCCUCGGCCAUUUUGUCAAGCUGAUGACGGUUGUGGGGCAGAUCGCCCAGUACAUCAACGGCGCCAAGACUAGCGGGUCUAGCAGAAGGCGUCGCUAAUGUGGCUACCGGUGGUGCCUUGGAUAAGGGCGACCGGCCAAGCACCGCCCUAUGCAACGCUGGAUGCAGCACUGCUAAAGUGGAAGGAGGAGCUGCCACCGGAGCUCUCGUAUAGCGAGAUCCACGCUGCCGAUACCGAGCCUGAGCGGGCAGUGUUUGUGGCCAGCAUGCACACCAUCUACCUUGGCGCCGUCAUUAUGCUGAAUCGUGAGAACAUGAGCCUCUUGCGUGACUUGCCUGGCCAGUUUGACGUGUCGACAAACCUCGCAAUCCGGUCGCUGGAGCGGUGCCGUGUUGCCGCAAUGGAGCUGGUCGAGAUCUCCCGCCAGCUUUGCUCGCUGCCGUCUUCAAUGACCAAUGCCCUGGUGCCGUGGGCGCUGUUCCAGGCGGGCACACUGCUGAUUCACUUCAUGAUUGCAGGAAACUCUCCGCAGGCACAGGAGGAGGCGCGGACCGCAAUUCUGUCGCUAGAUUCUGCGCUGCGCGACGAGCUGACACGGUACUGGAGUGUGUCGGCCAAGUACCACCUGGUGCUGAGCAAUAUGGUCAAGGCAUGGGAGCGUACGCGCCAAGCGACACCGUCUACUGUGCCUGCAUCGUUUGCAGAGGCCAGGUCAAUGAGCGACCAGCAUAGCGCCAUGAUGGCUGUGCAGAUGGCAGAUGCCGUUGCAAAUGCAGAUGCAGAUGCAGAUGCCUGUCCAGUUCAAUAACAUCGCUUCCCAGCCACAGCAGCCGCAGCCACAGUCCGCAGGCGUCGUUUGCGACGAUUGAUGAAGGCCGUAUUCCGGAUCUCAGCAGCAGAUCAGCCCGCAGCAGCAGCGGCAGCAGCCACCGGCCCCUCCCCAAAAUCCAAGUGCCACAAACCCAGGGCC